AUGUCCUGCCAGCAAAGCCAGCAGCAGUGCCAGCCCCCUCCCAAAUGCCAGACCCCCAAGUGCCCUCCCAAGUCCCCUCCCCAGGCUCCAUGCUCUCUUCCUGUCUCCUCUGGCUGCGGAGCCAGCUCUGGGGGAUGUGGCAGCUCUGGCUCUGAGCACAGCUGCCACCUCUUUUCCCACCAUCACAGGAGAUCCCAUGGAUGCAGGCGCCAGAGCUCUGAGUCCUGUGACAGUGGCACUGGGAACAACCAGCAGUCUGGAGGCUGCAGUGGGAGCUCUGGGGGCUGCUGCUGA